GUCUUUUGCAUCAGUUCCAAACCACAAAACAGAAGCAAUAUUUGUUCCAGUUAACCCCGACUUUUUUGGAGGAGCAACUUCAUUCAAGAAUAUAGAAUGGCUCCGAGUGCCGAAUUAAAAUCCUACCACCGCGAGGUCUCCGCCGUGCCGGAGGCGGAGGUUCUUCGGAGAAGAAAUGAGGAGUUGGAGAAAGAAUUUAAGAAGAGUUUGGAGAGGGAGGAGAAAAUGAAACAGGAGCUGAAAAAGACAUGGGAAAGGCUGAAGGUGGCGGAGGAAGCUGAGGAGCGGCUUUGCUCUCAGCUAGGAGAGCUUGAAGCCGAGGCUGUGAACCAAGCUCGGGCUUACAGGACACGUGUAAUCAAUUUAAUGGAACAACUUUCUGUAGCACAAAAACUUCUCCAAUCAACUUCCAUUUCCAUUCCCAUUUAGAUCUCAACGAUUAAUUGUCGAAAAAUAUAUAUUGGCCUUGAAAAAUAAUUUUACUUUUAUUGUGAAAAUUUAUGCAUACACCUAGCCUAGGUAGUUUUUUUUUUCUUCAUAUUCUGGGGGUUGGUCAUGUUUUAUUCAUUUGGGUUUUUUCUUGUAUAUUAGUUUAAUUGUCUUCUUCUGAGUUGUACGUGAGGUUAAUAUUGCUUAGGUACUUCCACCGUGCAUGCUGAUCUGGUGGUUAAUGUAUGUCUUUAAGAAAAUUCCUUGAUUUUUCUUAACAUAAUCAAUAACGGAAUCGGAAAGUCGGAAACA